AUGAGAUCUCCUUUCCAGAUCAAGGUGUGGGAGAGAAGGGAGUGUCAGGCUGGCAGCUUCCAACGAUGCUUGCAAACAACCUUGGCAGCCAUACUAGGGAGAGCGUGCAAACCUCCCUUUCUUGACCUCUCACAGAUAGCCCAGCUCACACAUGCCCAGCUCCUAGCCGUGUUGCCGUCCUGCAGCCGGACGCUGGCAUUUCUGCGCCGAGAACCUGCCAGCGCCUGCAACAGCAAAGCCAGUUUCCUGCAAGCCCGACAGGACCCAAGCAGCCCUGGGGACAGGGCGCUGGAAGGGCUUUCCUCAGCCCAGUGCCCUGCGUUUUCAGGUUUACUGAAUCAGAGUGCUGGAGUGGACUGGAAAUGGAUCCUACUCUGGUUACAAACAUAUGACUAUAAGUGCCAUAAUAAGCCGGACCAAUGGAGCAUCUUGCCCAGUCUCCAACACUGGUUGGAGUUGAUGCUAUACAGGGAAAGCAUCGAACCAGAUACCUCUGUCACAACCCAAAGUUUUUACCAACUUGCCAGGUAUGAAAGUAAGAGUCACUGGGCCGUAGUUCGCAGGAUUGCCUUUGGAGCCUUUUUUGAACAUAGAUGUUAUGUUGGCAAUCUGCCAGUCUUCUGGCAUGGAGGCUGUUUGUAA